UUGCUGGUUUUCAAUGGGCCACAAAGGAAGGUGUUCUCGCUGAAGAAAACGUUCGUGGUGUUCGUUUCGAUAUUCAUGAUGUGACAUUACACGCUGAUGCUAUCCAUCGUGGUGGUGGUCAAAUUAUUCCCACAGCUCGUCGUGUUCUCUACGCUGGUAUGCUCACAGCUAAACCACGUCUCUUUGAACCCGUAUAUCUUUGCGAAGUUCAAUGUCCCGAAGUUGCUGUUGGUGGUAUCUACGGUGUAUUGAAUCGUCGUCGUGGUCACGUUUUUGAAGAACAUCAAGUUACUGGCACACCUAUGUUCAUCGUUAAAGCUUACUUACCUGUCAACGAAUCCUUCGGUUUCACCGCUGAUCUCCGUUCAAACACAGGUGGUCAAGCUUUCCCACAAUGUGUCUUUGAUCACUGGCAAGUCAUGAAUCAAGAUCCAUUUGAUGAUUCAUCGAAGAUCCGUCAAAUCAUCAAUGAUAUUCGUAAACGCAAAGGCUUGAAAGAAGGUAUCCCACCCCUUGAUGAUUAUUAUGACAAGUUAUAA